AUGGCCACCAUGAAUAUAAAAAUGGUCACUUUUACCCUUGUAUAUACUGCUUUGAUAGUUAUCAAACCAGCAUCACAGAAAAUUCUUAAUCACAGCAUAUUUGUUUCACAGCACAAGGCAACAGGAAAUCUUUUGUUUCAACAAGUUUGUAAGAUGCUCAGCCUGUUAGAAGUAGAUUAUUUUGGCUUGGAAUAUGCAGAUUCUAGUGAAACAAAGUAUUGGCUGGACCAUAAUAAACCUAUGUGUCAACAGUUAGGAUUGCCACUUGUUAAUCCUGUAAUGUACUUCCGUGUGAAGUUUUAUACUCCCGAUCCAGCUCACCUGGAAGAAGAAUAUACCAGGUACCUUUUUAGUCUUCAAAUCAAGCAAGACCUUGCUCAAGGAGCUUUACAGUGUAAUGACAACACGGCUGCACUAAUUGCUUCUUAUAUCGUUCAAGCUGAUUGUGGAGAUUACAAUGUAGAGGAAUAUCCUGACCACACAUAUCUAUCUUCCUUCAAGUUUGUACCAUAUCAAAAUGAUGAACUGGAAAGAAAGAUCAUGGAGAACCACAAGAAACAUGUAGGACAAUCACCAAGUGAAGCUGACAUGAACUUGCUGGAGACUGCUCGUCGUUGUGAACACUAUGGAAUCAGACUGACUCCUGCAAAGGACCUUGAUGGUGUACCUCUUAACCUUGCUGUUGCUCAUGCGGGGAUCCUAGUGUAUCAACGUUCAACAAAAAUCACCACUUUCUCUUGGGCAAAAAUACGGAAACUAAGUUUUAAAAGAAGAAAACUGAUGAUCAAAUUACACCCAGAAGAAUCCGGAAUCUACAAAGAUGCAGUGGAGUUUUUCUUUGAGGGAAGAAACAGCUGCAAGAAUUUCUGGAAGAAGGGUGUAGAAAAUCAUGGGUUCUUUCGCUGCUCAGAAGUCCGCAAGUUACCUCGGCAGAGAUCCCGUAUCUUAAGUAGAGGAUCGUCUUUUAGGUAUAGUGGCCGAACCCAGAAACAGAUUACUGAAUUUGUACAGGAAAAUUUUGUUAAACGUCGUCCUUUUCAGAGAUCCUCUAGCCUCCGGACGCCAAGCACAUCUCAUGGAAGUGUUGGGAGUUCUGUUUCUGAACAGCCACUCCUUUCUGUUUCCAGCAACCAAUCCUAUGGCUCUGUGGUUCUGGAUGAUAGCGGUCCAGUCUUCACUGCAUCAGAAUCGAAACCUACUUCUGAUUCUCGGCCAAGUUUAUCAAGAAUAACCCAGAAGCCUAACCAAAUGGCCAUCAAUGGAACAUUGCAUAGUAAAGAAGAGGAGAAGCCAUUUAGGCAGAUGGGUUUCUCUUCAAGUUUGAGGUCCUCAGACUUGGAGUAUGACAAGGUGGACUUGUACAGUCCUGAUGCUUUUGGCCAUGAUGCUGAUGAUAACCUAUCACACGAUUCCUAUCACUUAGAUGAAUAUGUUAUGAAUAAAGACAUGAGUGUGGAACACAUGUAUAAAGAUAAUGACGUGUUCAAUUCAGAGGAAAAUAAAGUUAAAAGUAAUAUUGAGUAUAGUUCAGAUAACAAGGUGGGAGGGAAAGCAGCAGUACCACAAAAUAAUGGAGAGAAUGAAAUAGGGAAUAUAUUCCCAGGUAAUGAUGAAAAUGUUUAUAGAGGAAAAGAUAGUAACAGGAGAAAUAAUAAUAAUAUUGAGAUACCUUACUUACAACACAGGCAACACUUACCUGCAGAGAAUACACAACAUAAAGUUAAAGAACCUCAACAAUCACACUUGAAAGUUAAAAAAGAACAUGCUAACAUACAGUAUGAGAGUCCUAAGCUCUAUACACAUGCUCAUAAAUCAAGCUCUUCCAGCAGUAAUGAUAGUGAUGACUCUCCUAGGUCUGUUGAUGUUGUGUGUAUUAACCAGCUUCCAGCUGUAGGAAAUUUUUCAUCUCAAGAUGAUUCAGUUGAUGGGGAACUAUUUGGACAUAUGCUGAAAAACGUGAAAAAUAAACCUAACUCAAGUGACUCUAUAGAGGCAAACAGAGAGGAAAUAGAUGUGCAUUUAAAGACCAAGAAUGAAAACAUCAGUACAGUAAAUGAGACACCUUAUCAUGAAAAUAUCAAGAAGACUGUUUUAAUUGAUAGUGAUCUUAUGUCAUAUCACCUAGAUAGGAACUCCUGGAAAGAACCAGAUUUAUCUGUAGAGAGCUUAAAAAACAAUGCUUCAGAAAUUGAAGUACUCACAGCAAAUGUUAAGAGUUCUACAUCCCCAGUUGGAACUUUUGAUGCAAAGUUUUAUAAGAACCAAUUGAAUCCUACUGAAGAUUUCUUGAAAGAUGAAGCUUAUAAAUCAUCAAAGACUGAGAAAGAUACUUUUUCAUUUGAGCUUGAACACAGCACAGAAAGUACAGAAAUGCCUGCAAAAAGUCUCUCUGAUCAGGAAGAUAUGUUAUCUGAUGCUCCAACUCAGAGCAUUGAAAGUAUGUCAACAAUCAUAGAAGUUAUACAGCCAGAAUUUGAUAAGAAUGCUAGAAUAUUGGAGGAGGCAGAAACUGGUUCAUAUAGAAAAGAUGAUAAUGAACUUUGCAUAAAAGAUGACUAUAACGAAGCAGAUACAUCAAGUCAAGAUGAUGAAAGUACAAGUGAUACCUCUUCUACAGGAGAAGCAGUACAGUCAAUACAUAGUAGUUGCUCUGAAAAAUUACAUCAGUUAAGUGACUCUCGUUUUCAAGAAAUUAAUCUUUUCUUUUCUCAAGAGGACCUUAAUUUUGAAGAUGGAGACAGUAAAUCUGAAGACCAUUAUGUUGAAUCUGUUUCUUUGGAAAUAACUCAGCAUCCAAAGGAAUUGGUGCAACCACAUACUUUCUACACACAUGAUAACUACAAGUUUUCUUGCACAAGUAGUGCAGAAAGUAGUUCAGUUGAAACAGAUAUCCCUGUUGAAAACACAAGUCUCCAUGAAGGUAUGGACAUUUUAGAGGAUAUUGCAGGAAGAACAGAAAUAAUUUCGGAUGAGAUAGCACAAAAUGCUGAUGAUCUUUACUCCUGUAGCUCUCCCCAUUCAGAAAAAAGUGCACAUACUACACCCAGACAUCGCACAUGCUUACAAUUAGAAGUAUCCAAUGGAAGAAUUAGUGAGUUUUCAGCUUGUUCUGAAGGAAGAGUCAGUCAAGGGUCAAGUUGAAUGAGGAAUCAAGUUGUGUGAUACUAUAGUAUUUUGGAAAACAAAAAUGAUACAAAAGUAUUGCACAAUUUAACAGCAAUGCUAAGAGAUUUUGAUAAGUUUUUUAUGAUCACAAGGUAUGAUGAAUAGUAAUAUAUUAUAGGCAUUUUUUGUUUUGUGUACUGUGUUCUUCUUCCUUUGAAAAAAUUCCUUCUUAUUAAAGUACAAAGGUGUUUAUUUCUGUUAAAUUUGGAUGGUCUGGAUCACAGAAUAGUUCUCUUGUACUUAAGAAAAGAUGCUUUUUACAGAUUAUAAUAUGUAGAAAUUCAUUUAUAAUGCAUACAAACUUGUAAUCAUUGUAUCAGAUAAACUUGAUCAGACAUCACACAAAAAUUAAAGACUUGUUUGAAAUUGCAUAAUUACUCACUUUAUUGAAGUAGUAAUACAGCUUCGUUUAAUGAUUCAUAGGUUAUUGUACUUGAUUUUACACAUUUACUUUGAUUAUUCUUUUUAGCACUAAUAUCAUAAAACUUUGAACACCAAAAAUGUGAUUGUGAAUUAGCAAGACAACAUUUUAGUAUUUUUGUUAUUUGUUUUUUUUGUAUGUGACAAAUACUAAAGUGUCCACUUGUUAGAUUAUGACACAAUAAGUAUGUUAGUUAAUGUAAGAAUUUAGUAUAUUAAAAUUAUCAGUUGAGGUUCCUUUUCAGUUAAGUAUUUUAGUAUCAAACUAGGUUGAUAAUAU